AUGACCAAUUUACCUAAUCAGAUUUUAUUGAAAGGCAUUCAACCGCCCGAACUAUUCACUGGUACAGUCGAUCAAGAUGCAUCAUCAUGGUUACAAGAUAUUGAGGAUAUGUUUGAUGCCGCCGGAAUCAAGAAAGAUAAACGUCGCAAAAUGAUUCCAGUGUUUUUGGGUGGCGAUGUCAAGAAAUGGUAUAGUACUCGACAGUAUCAUCCUGAUUAUGAUUUAUUCACAAAAGAACUACUUGAAACCUUUAAUACCUCAUCACAACAAUUAAAAUUAGCUACAAAAUUAAUGAAUCAUCGUCAGGGUUUAACUGGAACUGUUCCUUGUUGGUGA